UGGUUUCAUUCGCACAAAGCGGAAGAAGAUUUGUAUGAAAAUACUUGUGAUAGCGUGCCAGGAAUCCGCCCGCUUCCGUGAUUGGCAGUGGAGGUGCCACGUGCUUCCGAGAGCCUACAGGGACCUGCACACAUCACGCCGCGCUACUACACACACUUCCCCACUGGACUUACACUACCGGCGCACAGUCAUACUAGCUUGAAGACAGGAGACAGCACCAUGGCAGCUCAGAAUGGCUUUGAUAUUGAUGCUCCACGCUGGGAUCAGUCCACGUUUAUGGGUCGUCUCAAACACUUUUUUAACAUUACGGACUGUCGCACCGCUCUCCUGUCUAAUGCCAAACUGGAUGAAGCAAAAGCCUUAGUGGAUAGUUGCAGAGCAGGCUCAAUCCCUCCAGGUACAACUGAGGAACAGCUGCAUUAUGCCAAGAAGCUCUAUGACUCAGCAUUUCACCCUGAUACUGGUGACAGGAUGAAUUUGAUUGGCAGAAUGUCUUUCCAAGUGCCAGGGGGCAUGGCCAUAACGGGCUUCAUGCUGCAGUUCUACAGGACGGUGCCUGCAGUUGUGUUUUGGCAGUGGGUAAAUCAGUCCUUCAAUGCUCUAGUCAAUUACACCAACCGCAACGCUGCCUCCCCCAUCACACCAAAACAGAUCGGUGUGGCUUAUGCAACUGCAACAAGCACCGCAUUGGCCACUGCUGUGGGUCUGAACCUCUACACAAAGAAAGCACCUCCUUUGGUGGCUCGCUGGGUGCCUUUUGCAGCCGUGGCUGCAGCUAACUGUGUAAAUAUCCCUAUGAUGAGACAACAGGAGAUCUUGAAUGGCAUUGCAGUCACAGACGAAAAUGGCAAUAAACUUGGUGACUCGAGAAAAGCAGCAGUAAAGGGCAUUACACAGGUCGUCAUUUCUCGAAUUGCCAUGGCGGCACCGGGCAUGAUCAUUCUUCCUAUUGUAAUGCAGAGAAUAGAAAAAUACAGAUUUAUGCAGAAAAUUACAUUUCUUCAUGCACCAUUGCAAGUUAUGAUGGUUGGAGUAUUCCUGAUCUUCAUGGUCCCUGCAGCGUGUUCACUGUUUCCACAGAGAUGCUCUCUGCCUGUGUCCAAGCUGGAGCCAGAGCUCCAGGAAACCAUCAUUUCCCAGUAUGGUGACAGCAUCACCCAUGUUUAUUUCAACAAGGGCUUGUGAUACUGUUACUGUUAUGCUUCUCUUAGGCUGGAGGAACAUUGUCUGAUCCUGAUCUUGGCCAAUCCUGAAAGGCCAGUUCGAGUGAUAUUCAUUCACAUAGGACAGCUUAUUUUUUAAUGUUUUAAUUGCAUUACAUUUCUACAGUAUUUGACAGUGUUUAGAGGAAAAUAGUGUUUGCUGUAACCUGCAGGUUUUUUGCCUACUUUUGGAUAACCUCCAGGACAUCCUUGUUUUUGCUCCAUUUCAACUCUUGAAAUAGGCCAGACAAUCAGCAGGUGGACACUGGUCUUCCUGGCUUAGCUGAUGUGUGAGCUGGACUUUAAUCAAAUAUGGACUUUUAAUGGAAUGUUGAUUGGGUAGAAAAGUACAGCAUGUCCCAAAAGUCUCCAGACUUAGGGGAAAGUAAUGCUUUUCAGCAAAAUGUAACUUUAUUUACAAAACA